AUGACUGUUGGUACUCCUGAAAUUCCGGAUCAAGUCCCUUACCGGUUCACCGGUUAUUUGACUUGGCUUCCUAAGUUAGAUGGAUUCGACGGCAACAAGCUUGAUGCUACACUGUUGUUCAACCAGAUUAUUUUGCUUCUUUCCAGUUACUAUGCAUUAAAAUGGACAUAUAAUCCUCCCACUAGUCCUAAACUUAUCACUCGUUUUGCUCACAUUGGUGAAAAUGAUGUUACGGUUACAACUCACUAUUUUGAUAGUAUCUUGGCUCUUUAUAUUGUGAUGACUCUCUUAGCUGGUGUCGCCAUAUUCCUUUUUGGUGUUGGUAAAAUAUGGGUUGCUGUUGGUGUACUUCAUAAUGCUGCUGAAUUCACUGUUCUUGUUAUACUUGGUUCUGGUGGAAAAAUCAAGUCUCAAAUAUUUUGGCCCAUUCUCGGUUGUUACAUUUCUUUAGUUACAAUUUUUUCAAUUUUCUUCAAAUUCCCUUAUGAUGCUGUAUGGUUCAAAGGCCAAG